GUCUUUCCCCUGAACCACAGUGACAGAUUGGUUUGUGUGGAAUCUCUCGGUGUCUGUGGCAAAGGCAGGAAAUACUUGUGUUUUGUGCUUUGGGCGGUUCUGUGAGACUCCUUUAGAUUAGGGUGCGUUUGCUGGAGAUGCCACCAGAGGCAAAAACAAUGAAUGGGUUAAGCUUUAGUGAGCUGUGUUGCCUCUUCUGCUGUCCACCAUGUCCUGGGCGGAUAGCAUCGAAGCUGGCCUUCUUGCCACCAGAAGUUUCAUAUGAACUCAAAGCAGAUGAGGCAUCAGCCACAAAGUAUGCCCUGGUACUGCUAGAGAAGGCUGAUUGGCAAUAUACAGAUCGUGAGAAGGAUUUCUUUGAGGCUUUCUUCACACGUUCCACGCGAGGCAAUAGAAUUGCCUGCCUCUUUGUCCGUUGCAGCACAAAUGCCAGAUUCACAUUGCUGUUCAGCCAUGGGAAUGCCGUAGAUUUGGGCCAAAUGACGAGCUUCUUCGUGAGCCUGGGCAAACAGAUAAACUGCAAUAUCUUCAGCUACGACUAUUCAGGCUACGGAAUGAGCACGGGAAAGCCAUCUGAGAAGAAUCUCUAUGCGGACAUUGAUGCAGCGUGGCAUGCUCUGAGGACAAGGUACGGAAUCAGCCCUGAGAACAUCAUCCUCUACGGUCAGAGCAUUGGAACGGUACCUACAGUGGACCUAGCCAGUCGAUAUGAGGUUGGUGCCGUAAUUCUCCAUUCACCCCUCAUGUCGGGCAUGCGAGUGGCCUUUCCCGCCACGAAGCGCACGUGGUUCUUCGACGCAUUCCCCAGCAUCGAUAAGGUGCCCAAAGUCACAUCGCCAGUCCUCGUGAUCCAUGGCACGGAAGAUGAGGUGAUUGACUUCUCGCACGGUGUCACCAUCUACGAAAAAUGCCCGAGGGCUGUGGAGCCAUUGUGGGUGGAGGGUGCCGGACACAAUGAUGUGGAAAUGUAUAGUCAGUACCUCGAGAGGCUCAAGCAGUUUAUCUCGGUGGAAUUGCUUAACUGACAUAAGCAGAACUCCACCAAUAACAGCGCUCAAGAGGCUGCUUCUGGUGACGAUAUUCUUCAUGGCUCCAUCACUAUUAGCUCAUCGCCAACAAACAAUUCGACAACGGAGAAGUUACUCUAGCAUCAGGCGCCCGGCGUGACUGUCACGGCCACCGACGCCGCCGUUGUACGCAUGUCGUGCACGAGUGGCGUCGUCCGUGACAGGAAGCCGGGCGACUGUCCAUGUGCCAGUCUCCUCGAGAUUAAUCUCAAGGUGAAGGUGUGCCGGUGUCCGAAGGAUGACGUUCCCAUUGAUCGUCAACCAAUGCCCUCUGGAGAGUCUCCUGGCCGGGAAUGUGUCACAGUAGACCUCGUGACUGCUGCCACCAAGGAGAUUCGCGACAAGGUACGCGUGAACGUUCCUGGAGAUAGACGUCGGGUACUGGUGCUGAAGUUGACAGAUGUCAAUGUUCACUGCAACGGAGGAAUGUCUCAUGAGAUUCAAUUUGCCGAUGGAUCCAAGCACUUUGUAUCCAAGGGUGAUGCCUUGAGGUUUAGCGUCAAAGAUUCUGCUGGGAUCUGCUCAAAAAAGGAUCACGGAAAAGGCAAGGAGAGUACUGGAAAAUCUGAGAGCAAGAAAAAGUCCAUUCGGAAGGUGCUGAAGAGUCAAAAGAGUGAAGAUGGGAAGAUGUACAGCAAAUCAGUGGAUGAUGUCACUCUUGGCAGCAAGAAAACCUUAACAGUUGAGAAUGACGGUAAAGUUCUUUCCAAGUCUGUUCAGGAUCUCUCCGAAGAGAGUCACUCGGAAUUCAGCGAUAUGAAUUCCAUCGAACUCAUCAUAAUUUCGGAUGAAUUUCUCAAUGAGACCACAAAGCAGGAAGUUAUCAUAGUUAAUGAUCGCAAGGACAUUGAAUCCCGACGACCAUCGAAGCUGAAUGUGGCCAAGGAGAAGCCCAAGAGGGAUAAGUCUCCAAAGGAAAUCACUCGAAAAAGCACCACCAAUCAAUCCAGGCGUCGACUCGUCAUCAUCUCCGAUGAAUACAAGAAAAAGUCCCUCGAGAACAAGACAAUUGUGGUCACAAAGGGAAAAUACGAGAAUGCUCCGAAGAAGAAGGAAGAAAAGGAAGUGGCACCACCGAAGAAGAAGCCAGAAAAAUCCCUCGCAGAAGCCGUUGGUGAGAUCAACAGUAAGAUCAUCUCAUGCGUCCUCCAGAGCUACGAAGAGCCCGAAGCAUCGGUGCUGGAGAGCAAAGACAUCAAGCAACACAACACAGAUCAGCCUUCCUCACUCCCAACCUGCUGAACAAACAAUCAUCUAAUCCCUUCUGUGUUAAUUUCUUUCUUUUGUGUUCUGAAUGUGACAAUUAUGUGAGUGAAAAUCAGUGCAUAAAAAAGACCAAGGAAAUAUUUACUUAAGUGUUGUGCUCAUUUACAGAAAAAGAAAAACAAAA